UUUCCACUACAAAAGCUUUACCUCAUCUCAGCAUCACUCUCAUCUGCAGAGAGAGAGAGAAAGAGCGCGCUAGACUACUGCGGUGAAGAACAUGGCCGAGUCCAGUAAGCUCCAUGCUCUCUUCUUCAUUUGCUUGCUCUUCAUCUCCUCAGCCACUCCCAUUCUUGGCUGCGGUACUUGUGGCAAGCCUCCCCCAAAGCACAAACCUAAGCCUAAGACCCCCAAAGGCCCCAUCCCUCCCAUUCAUGUCAAGCCCCCAGUCGUUAAACCACCAGUCACAAUCCCACCCAUCGUCAAACCACCAGUUACAAUCCCUCCCAUCGUUAAACCACCAGUCACAAUUCCACCCAUAGUCAAACCACCAGUCACAAUCCCUCCCAUCGUCAAACCACCAGUUACAAUCCCUCCCAUCGUCAAACCACCAGUUACAAUCCCUCCCAUUAUCCCACCCGUUGUUAAGCCACCGGUUACAAUCCCACCCAUUGUUAAGCCACCAGUUACAAUCCCACCCAUCGUCAAACCACCAGUUACAAUCCCUCCCAUUAUCCCACCCGUCGUCAAACCACCAGUUACAAUCCCUCCCAUUAUCCCACCCGUCGUCAAACCACCAGUUACAAUCCCUCCCAUUAUCCCACCAGUUACAAUCCCUCCCAUUAUCCCACCAGUUACAAUCCCUCCCAUUAUCCCACCCGUCGUUAAACCACCGGUUACAAUCCCACCCAUCACUGUCCCACCCAUUUUGAAACCGCCAGUGACCCUGCCUCCAAUAGUGCCACCUGGCAUAAUCCCUCCAGUCAUAGGAGGAGGGCCACCGGGUAAAAAGCCUCCGAGUCCCGGGACGCCAUGCCCUCCUCCUGCCGAGAGUCCGGGGGCCAAGGAUACUUGUCCCAUCGACACGAUGAAACUGGGUGCUUGUGUGGAUCUUCUUGGUGGGUUGGUGCACAUUGGGCAAGGUGACCCAGUGGUAAAUGAAUGCUGUCCAGUGCUGCAAGGGCUUGUUGAACUUGAGGCUGCCAUGUGUCUCUGCACAACUCUCAAAAUGAAGCUUCUUAACCUCAACAUCUUUGUCCCGAUUGCUCUUCAGCUCCUUGUCACCUGUGGCAAGUCACCUCCUCCUGGUUACACCUGCUCUCUCUAGAAGAAAUUAAGUUGCUAGGUUGAUGGAUAUCCAAGGAGAGCUAGGGAGGGAAUCGUCAUGAGAGGAUGUCGAGCUUCCCCUUGUUCCUUGUUAAUCUUUUCUUCUUUAAUUGGUAUUGAUGAGCUGAUGCUUUGGCUGUGAUCUUAUUAAUGUACACACCAUUUGUUUUAAAUUUGUUGCACGUGUGUUUUAUCUCAGGAAAGCAAUCAAACAUGCUUUUGAAUUAAUUUUAAAUGUUAUAUUCUUUUUCUUAUUUUAUUUUUGUUCAUAUUAAUGGAA